AAGGUGCCACAAGUCCUCCUUUUCUUUUUGCGAAUACAGACUAACACGGCUGCUACUCUCAAACCUGUAUUCUAUAGAUCACCAACAUAGGCACCCCAAAUAGACUGUAGUAUAAUUUUAUAAAGAUGGUCCUCGGAGGGAAAAUCCCAGUGUACACUGGUCAGAAAAACUGCACAGAAACAAAAUUUAUCAUGCUCAAGUCAGGGGAGCUGGACAGUCUCCAUCCCAGAAUAUGGAAAGAGUUGGCACAUGAAACUGCAAGUCUAAUAGUAAUGAUUUUUAAUAAAUCUGUCAAAUCAGGGAUGGUACUGUAUGACUGGAGAAUAGCAAACAUUGUAACUAUAUUUUAAAAAGGGGUAAGAUUGAUUCAGGCAACUACUGAUGCAUCAGUCUGACCUCAAUGCAAGGCAUUUGAACAAAUAUUGAAAGAAAGAAAGAAUAAUUAAAAACAUGGAGGGAAAUGGAAAAUGGGAUAAAAUGAAACUUGGGUUUACUGAAGGUAGAUUGUGCCAGACUAACCUGAUAUCUUUCUGUGAUAAGAUAACUGAUUUUUUAGACAUGGAAAAUGCAGUUGAUCUAAUCAACUGCAUUUGAUAUGGUGCCACAUGGAAAAUUAUUUAUUACAAUGGGGAUUAGCACAAUGGGUUAGGAACUGGCUAAUUUGGUGGAUGAUAACGGAUUGUUCAGAAAAGAGAACUAUUAAGUGUGGGGGAAGAUUCUAGUGGAUUUUCUCAAAGAUCAAUUUGGGGAGUCAUUGUCAAUACAGAGAAUUGGAAUAUUAUACAGGAAACAUUGGAUGACCUUAAGAACUGUAGUAAUAGAAAUGGGAUGAAAUUUAAUAGCACAAAGUGCAAAGUCAUUGCACUUCCUGACUAAUAAUAAGAAAUUCAGAUAUGAGCUGGGGGUUCAUCAGUGUAUUAGCUGUAUUAGUUGAUCACAGGAUGACUAUGAAUCUCCAAUGUAAUGCAGCUGUGAAAAAGAAAAAGAAAUAUGAUCUUAGGAUAUAUCAGGCGAGGUAUUUCCAUUAAAAAUGGGGAAGUAUUAAAUGCCAUUGUACAAGGCACUGGUAAGACCUCUCUAGGAUAAAUAUUAAAUUAAGAAUUAGAGUUAGUUUAAGUUUGGUUAAGGAAAUAAAUGUGUUGUAAAGAAAGGCCCUAACUAGCAAUUAGAAAGAAAGGCCUUGAAAAUAAUUAAUUAUAAGGCCAGAAGGAAUGAAGUAGGGAGGAUGUCUGUUUCAAAGAAUAAUGAGAUAAGGGGAAGUUUCUAAAAAGAAGGUGUCUGACUGAUAGGGAAGACUGCAGAUGGUUUUAAAUAAAGAGAAUCUGUCUUAAAAUGAGCCAACAUGGCCUUUCCCAACCCACACACCAGUGUUAACACCUAUGUGAAUCCAGGUGCAAUGAAAAAAAUGCUAGUCAGCAAGAAGGUGGGGAGGAAAGGCCUAGGGAAGGAACGAGGUUGUAAAUCUUAUCAGGCGUAAAACCGGAAAUAAGGGUGAUCUGUCUCCAAUCAAUUUUUAGGUGAAGUCAGUACUUGGCAAUGACAUCUCUCUUGUUUGUUGAAGAGUAUAAAAAGUAAACUCAGAAAGGGUUCAUUGCUAAUACCUGCCUGACCAUGUUUGAGCUGACCAACCUGGAUCUAAUCACCCCUAGAGUUAGCCUAUUUUAAAUAUGAAGUCAUGAGGCCUUCUGGUCGAAAGACACCACACAGAAAUAGACUUACAGGAAGUUGGUGAUUCAUGAGAAGCACACACAUACAGAGAAACCCGAAGGUCCUGGUGGAAUUGAGAACAUGCUUUCGACAGUCAAGAGAGACCAGUCCUCAUUUUUCAACAUUACCUUGGAGCCUGAAUGUAUUGUUGAUCAUUGAUUGUCAGAACUUUGGUCCAAAUUCACCCACUCUUGGGAGCAGGAAGGUACUGACUUGCUGUGCCAGAUGGACUGAUUCAUUGGGAAGGGGAGAGGUAGUGUUUCCACUGUUAACUUCCUCAAAGAGGUUCCGUCAGAGGAGGACAGCUUUUAUAUUUCAUAGAAGCCUCCAGGUAGAGCAGGUGAAAUUAAUAGACCGUUUCAGCACCAGCAACAAAUCAUUAACGGGAACUCUGUACCUUACAGCAACUCAUCUGUUGUUUAUAGACUCUAGCCAGAAGGAGACUUGGAUACUACAUCAUCAUAUCGCUGCAGUGGAGAAACUUGCCUUGACUACUUCAGGCUGCCCUCUUGUGAUCCAGUGCAAGAACUUCAGGGUAGUUCACUUUAUUAUUCCCAGAGAAAGGGAUUGUCAUGACAUUUACAACUCUUUGCUGCAACUGUCAAAACCAGCAAGCUAUGAUGAACUGUAUGCCUUCUCUUACAAUCCAAAACAAAACGAGUCUAAGCGGCUGCAAGGCUGGCAGCUCAUUGACCUUGCAGAAGAAUACAAGCGGAUGGGAGUGCCAAACUCUAAUUGGCAGUUGUCUGAUGCUAAUCGUGAUUAUGAGAUUUGUGAAUCCUAUCCCAGAGAACUUUAUGUUCCCAGAACUGCAAGCAAGCCUGUAAUCGUUGGUAGCUCCAAAUUUAGAAGCAAAGGAAGAUUCCCAGUGUUAUCAUAUUAUCACAGAGAUAAAGAGGCUGCCAUUUGCAGAUGCAGUCAACCUCUCUCAGGUUUCAGUGCCAGGUGUCUGGAGGAUGAAAAUAUGCUGCAUGCAAUCAGUAUAGCCAACCCCGCUCAUCACUACAUGUAUGUCAUGGACACUCGACCUAAGCUUAAUGCAAUGGCAAACAGAGCAGCAGGUAAAGGCUAUGAAAAUGAAGACAACUAUGCUAACAUUAGAUUCCAGUUUGUUGGAAUUGAAAACAUUCACGUAAUGAGAUCCAGCCUGCAGAAACUUUUAGAAGUCAGUGGUACAAAAGCUUUGUCUGUCAACAGUUUCUUGUCUGGUUUGGAGAACUCUGGCUGGCUGCGUCACAUCAAAGCUGUAUUGGAUGCUGCUAUCUUCUUAGCCAAAGCAAUAGCAGUUGAAAAUGCAACUGUGCUAGUUCAUUGCUCUGAUGGCUGGGACAGGACUUCCCAAGUUUGUUCCCUUGGAUCUCUCUUGUUGGAUUCGUAUUACAGAACAAUCAAAGGCUUCAUGGUUUUGAUAGAGAAGGAUUGGAUCUCUUUUGGACACAAAUUUUCUGACAGAUGUGGUCAAUUGGAUGGUGACCCAAAGGAAAUCUCACCCGUGUUCACUCAGUUUUUAGAAGGUGUGUGGCAUCUCACAGAGCAGUUUCCACAAGCCUUUGAAUACAAUGAAGCUUUUCUCCUUCAGAUCCAUGAACAUGUCCAUUCGUGCCAAUUUGGAAACUUCCUUGGAAACUGCCAAAAAGAGCGAGAAGAACUAAAAUUGAAAGAGAAAACUUACUCCUUAUGGCCAUUCCUUCUGGAUGAACAAAAGAAGUAUCUUAAUCCUCUAUACAAUCGAGAUUUUUCUCAGAAACUUGUCCUCUUGGAGCCUAACACAGUGUCCUUCAGUUUUAAGUUUUGGAGAAAUAUGUACCAUCAGUUUGACCGAACUAUGCACCCUAGGCAAUCUGUAUUUAAUCUCAUCAUGACCAUGAGUGAACAAAAUAAACAACUGGAGAAAGACUUUAAAGAACUGGAAGCUAAAAUGAAACAAAGAAACAGGCAACCAGAAGAACUCCUCACUAAGGAACCAUUGCAGUCUGUCCAUCCUGUUUCACCAGCACUUAGAACUUCUCCGUGCUUUAAGAAGGAGAAGCCUCUGUUACCUAUGAAUGACCCCAUUCGAACUAUAGAGGGCAGCAACACAGCAGACAAUCGCUACAGUGAAUACAUGGAGGAGUUGUCAAAAGCUGAGCCUGCUGUUGUCAGCUUGGAGUAUGGAGUGGCAAGGAUGACCUGUUAAUGAAACAUUGAACAGUGCUUCUUUUUUUCUAGACUGAUUGAAAUACAAGACAGAUUAUUGUGAGGAUGGUCUGUUGCUGCAUGACCAAAAUCUGAUUUAUAUAAUGGUGAGCUUUGUAGACUAGAACAGCAUGCUAAUUGUUAAGGAAAGUGUUUUGCUGUUCUCUUGAGAAAUAAUUGAAUUUAGCUGUAGUUAAGGAAAAAACGUUGGGGCAUUCAAUGAUCCUUAGUGACUUAACCAAUUAAGGAGUGGUCUGUUUUGGAUUUAACAAGUCAGUUUGCUCUAGAGUGAGUAAAACAGUGACAUUACCGUAAGAUGUGUGCAUGGCAGCCAAACACAAAUGGUCUUUCAGAACUAAUUGUAGCUGGGCAGGAAAAACUUGACAAACAUUCUAUUUUAGAAACAAGUUAUGUGUGUGUAUAUAUAGUAUACAGUUUAAAUAUGUAUACUCCUAUUUAAUUUUGUCUCUCACUGCUAACUUUUGGUGUUUUAAGUGCCAUGAAAAAGUAUAGUAUAUUUCAAACUAUAAAUAGCUGGCCUUAAAUUUGUCAAAUCAGUUGCCUUCUUGUCCUUGACUAUUGCUGCCUGUGACAUGACUCUGUUUAUAUUUGUAUUUGCUUGAAUUGUUAUUGCUCCUUAAAAUGGGAUCAGAUUUAGGAAAUGUAAAAAAGCCUAAACCGUUAUGCUAUCAGCAAAUGAAGCUAUAAGAAUGUUAAAUCUUAUGCUGAAUAUUAUUAUUAUUAUAUUUCCUAUUCCUUUAUUGUUUAAAAUAUAAUAGAUUGGCAAACUUUUGUCAACCUAGAGGAUUAUUGGAUUGACCACAUAAUUGAAACUGAUUCAUGUGUACAGUUUUUAAAAUGUUUAAUUGUGGCAAGCAUUGUAACUUGGGCACCAGUGCGCAAAGGAUUAAAAAUUGAGAGGUUUUAUUAAACUAGCACAUUGCUAAUAACUGAACAAUGGUAAUGUUCUCUUCAGACUGUUUAGCUAUGGACCUGCUAUGGAGUCUGCAACUGCAUAAGAUUCUCUGGGUUACAGUGGCAGAAUGGAAAGUUCUAGGAGCAAUAUUUAGUGAUUUGCAUAGUUUUCAAAACAAAAUUGCUGAUUUUUAACGGAAUUCCAACAUAGACUCAUAGGACUAGAAGGGACCUCGAGAGGUCAUCUAGUCCUCUUCACUCAUGGCAGGACUAAGUAUUAUCAUUCUAGACCAUCUGCUCAUGAGAAAUCUAGGUACUUUUGUAUUAAAUUAGUCUUUCGUUUCAAUUAUUAGUGAGAGUCCCCUUUAAUGAGACUAACUUUACAAGAUGACACAAUCUCUCUUAUCCUAAAUCUGCAGACAGUCUGUUUUGGAUGAUUGUGGGGGGAGAGCCAAAACCCUGUGCUGUUGGCCCAUGAGUAGGGAGCACAGGAGAAAGUGCCAGGUUUACAAACCAGCUGGCUUUAAAGGGGUCAUGGCAUUUGGAGCACAGUCCCUUUUUGAAGCCACUUAUUUUGGGAAGCUACUUAACAGCUUCAUCUAGAGAAUACAAGCCUUGGGACAUAACUGUUCUUUAGUUAACAGGGAGGUUUGGUAAGAAGGAACGUACUGUGUUUCUCACAGAGGUAAAAUAAAAUGUGUCCCUAGAUUGCCUUUCAUGUUAACUUCCACUGAAUUCAGAGGUUUUGCCUCGGUCUCUUGUCGUUUGCAACACUUUCUGAAUUGUUUCUAUUGCCCAGGUCAGGAGGGGAAUUAGGUUUGAAAACAGUAGUAGAAGAAAUGUGAGUGUCAGCUCUUAAGUAGAGGUAUAAACAUUACAAGCCAAGGUAUUAAACUCCCUAGGUGGCAUAGUAUGUUAAUGCCACUGGCUUUGCACUUCUGGGUUCAAAUCCCUUUUGGCUAUAAGUGAAAAUGAGUUUAGUCUCAUCCUAAUUCCUAAAGUCUUUUAUUAAAAUUACCGACACACCCCACACAGCUUGCCACAAUUGGCAGUUUCUCUCUGCCCCAAAUGAGAUCCAGGACUGUAAUAACAAGGGCAAUGCAGGUCAUGAUCAAAUUGCAUUGGCAAAGCUGUCUAGAAAAAUAUGACAGUGUCUGCCUACAUUUAGCCAGAGUAUAAAUCAGCUGCCCAUUUCUUUCACCACAUUACAAAAUAAAACUUAGUGUGUAAAUGAAGGUUUGUCAGAAUCUUUUUAUCACUCAAACACCUUCCUGAUAUCCAUCACUUUUCAGUAAAAGGGGGGAAAAAAAUCUUUCUAUAUAAAUAGACUGCCCAUUUUUUCCCAUUUCAGACAUUAGUUGAGUUUGUUUGCUGCAAACCUGUAAGACACCAAUGUGCAAAGGAAGGCUUUUGUGCCUUACUGGCCAGCCCCAUUUGCUAUGUCAUCUUGGACUUGUAGUUUUCCAUGACAAAUGAUCUCUGGUAUUAAGCUUGUUAUUACAUUUGCAAAAUGGAGACUUUGAAAAUAACCAGGGUACAUGUAUCACUUUGUACUGUUUGUCUUUACUUUCAGCUUUUAUGGUGGCGUGCCACAUAUGUUGCUUUUCAUAGUUAUUGCUGAGAGAUAACAGACUCUAAAGUUUGUAGUUUACUAAUCUCUUCUGUUUUGCAAAAUAUUGUGGGAUGAUAUUUUUUACUCAGGAUCUUUAAAUACAUGUGUACUGUUAUGGCUGUCAUGGAGCAAACCUGUUUCCUUUUGGUGAUGCUAAAAUCAGCCUGUUACCAAUUCUUCUUGGCCUUUUGUUGUCGAAGGGGCGCUUUUUGGAACAGAAGGAAUAAAUAUGUCCCACUAUAUUCUAGAUCUUGGGGUAGGCAUCUGAAAUCAACCUUGAAAUAUAAUUAAAAAUUACAUGCUCAAGCACAAAAUCUGCUUGACUA